AUGGAGUUCACAGCGUCGCCCAAGCCACAGCUCUCCUCCCGGGCCAACGCCUUCUCCAUCGCCGCGCUCAUGUCGAGCGGCGGCUCCAAGGAGAAGGAGGGCACCGAAAACACCAUCAAACCUCUGGAACAAUUUGUUGAGAAGUCAUCCUGUGCCCAACCCCUGGGCGAACUGACCAGCCUGGAUGCUCACGGGGAGUUUGGUGGUGGGGGCAGCAGCAGCCCAUCCUCCUCCUCUCUGUGUACUGAGCCACUGAUCCCCACCACCCCCAUCAUCCCCAGUGAGGAAAUGGCCAAAAUUGCCUGCAGUCUGGAGACCAAGGAGCUCUGGGACAAAUUCCAUGAGCUGGGAACAGAGAUGAUCAUCACCAAGUCGGGCAGGAGGAUGUUUCCUACCAUCCGAGUGUCAUUUUCAGGCGUGGAUCCUGAGGCCAAGUACAUAGUCCUGAUGGACAUCGUCCCUGUGGACAACAAGAGGUAUCGCUACGCCUACCACCGGUCCUCCUGGCUGGUGGCUGGCAAGGCAGACCCACCGCUGCCAGCCAGGCUUUAUGUACACCCAGACUCUCCUUUUACUGGUGAGCAGUUACUCAAGCAGAUGGUGUCUUUUGAAAAGGUGAAACUCACCAACAAUGAACUGGACCAGCAUGGCCAUAUAAUUUUGAACUCAAUGCACAAGUACCAGCCACGGGUGCACAUCAUUAAGAAGAAAGACCACACAGCCUCGCUGCUCAAUCUAAAGUCUGAAGAAUUCAGAACAUUCAUCUUCCCAGAGACCGUUUUCACAGCAGUUACUGCCUACCAGAAUCAGCUGAUAACCAAGCUGAAAAUAGAUAGCAACCCUUUUGCCAAAGGCUUCCGGGACUCCUCCAGGCUCACUGACAUUGAGAGGGAAAGUGUGGAGAGCCUGAUCCAGAAGCAUUCCUAUGCCCGCUCACCCAUCCGUACCUAUGGAGGAGAAGAGGAUGUGCUGGGGGAUGAGGUUCAGACAACACAGAAUCGAGGGUCAGCCUUCACAACAUCCGAGAACUUGUCUCUCAGCUCCUGGGUGUCCUCUUCAUCCAGUUUCCCCGGGUUUCAGCACCCCCAGCCCCUGACUGCACUGGGCACCAGCACAGCAUCCAUAGCAACCCCCAUUCCUCACCCUAUACAGGGCUCGUUGCCACCCUAUGGCCGACUUGGGAUGCCUCUGACACCAUCAGCUAUUGCCAGCUCCAUGCAGGGGAGUGGCCCGACAUUCCCCUCAUUCCACAUGCCCCGGUACCAUCACUACUUUCAGCAGGGGCCCUACGCUGCUAUCCAAGGACUGCGCCAUUCCUCUGCUGUGAUGACACCAUUUGUAUGA